AUGCUCAACCUCUGGGUUGUCACUGCAAUUGCACUGAGUUUCUUCAGUUAUUGCGCCGAGUCGCAGUCUCAGAUCAAACUCUUGGUUGUCGUGGAAAACUUAGACGACGGCGUCCUGAAGCUGCUUAACGAUGUCAUACCAGCUGCUGAGAAAGCACACGAGAGUGAGAAAGUUAGUGUGGAUGUCAAGUCUGUGCAAGUUGAUCGGCACAAUGUUGAGGGGAGCUUCCAGCAAGUGUGCGCUGUACUCUUCGACGGCAUCACCCUGGUGUUGGAUAUCACGUACACCGGGUGGGAUAGGCUGCAGGCUCUAGCUCACAAUAAUUCGAUUCUCUAUUUGAGAACAGGUGGCUCAAUUAUCCCCUACGUUCAAGCCAUUGAUGACUUGCUUCUGAAGAAAAAUGCGACAGACGUUGCGUUGAUAUUCGAGAAUACACGAGAGCUGAACGAGUCACUUUAUUAUCUCAUCGGUAACUCGAUAAUACGAUUAGUCGUCAUUGACGAUUUGUCCGAGGUGACAGUCGCUAGGAUACGAUUAAUGAGACCGUCACCCUCGUAUUAUGCAAUUUAUUCCAGCACCGCUAAGAUGGAAAGUCUCUUCAAAACGGCCAUGAGUGGAGGAUUGGUGAAGCGACAUGGCAUCUGGAAUCUUGUGUUCACGGAUAUGAAAUACAGGGAAUUUCCUUACAUUGCGGGUCCAGAUACGUUGAACACGAUGGUGGGAAUUCUAUCGAUGAAUCCGAGUGUUUGUUGUAGGCUGAUUAGGGAAUAUCCGUGCACUUGUCCACAUAAUUUUGAAAUUUUCCCAAAAUUCUUCGAGAGAUUGAUUUUUCUGCUGGUUUCCACAAUCACCCAAAUCCAAAAAUCAGGCAUUGAUGUGGAGCCCAUAAAGGGUCAGUGUAUAACUACAGAUGAAAGUCCUACGAUAGAUCCUGAGAAGAAUGCUACCCUCUGGACAUUCUACACAACUUUGACCACUAAAAUAGAAUCGGAUAACGAUGUCUUUGAGUUUUCAAAAGAUCGGUAUCUGAUUCGAAUGCGUGCCGAAAUCAACCUAGAAACCCUUGAGGGAGGUAACCUGGAGAUGUUGGGGAAUUGGACGAAAAAGAAUGGAAUCGUGGCAGCACCGGGGAAGGACAUACAGCCCGCUAAGAGGUACUUUCGUGUUGGAACUGCCGAGGCAUUACCCUGGACAACAAAGAAAAAGGAUCCCGUUACUGGUGAAAUAAUGAAAGACAAGGAUGGAAAGAUCAUCUGGGAAGGCUACUGCAUCGACUUUAUCCAGAAGCUAUCGGAAAAAAUGAAUUUCGAUUAUGACCUAGUGAUUCCAGAGGAUAAUUCGUUCGGUCACAAACUGCCAAGUGGAAAAUGGAAUGGACUUGUUGGAGAUCUGUCGCGAGGCGAGACUGACAUUGCCAUUGGUGCUCUAACGAUGACCUCCGAGCGAGAGGAGGUCAUAGACUUCGUUGCCCCUUACUUCGAGCAGUCUGGGAUUCUCAUAGUAAUGAGGAAACCUGUGAGGGAGACAUCUCUCUUCAAAUUCAUGACUGUUCUGAGGGUCGAGGUAUGGCUGAGCAUCGUGGGGGCUCUCACCCUGACGGCUAUUAUGAUCUGGAUAUUGGAUAAAUACUCACCGUACAGUGCCAGGAAUAAUAAGAGGAUUUAUCCCUAUCCCUGCAGAGAGUUUACCCUGAAGGAGAGCUUCUGGUUCGCCCUGACGUCGUUCACACCCCAAGGGGGUGGCGAGGCCCCUAAAGCCCUCUCCUCGAGAACUCUCGUAGCCGCUUACUGGCUCUUCGUUGUUCUCAUGCUCGCCACUUUUACCGCAAAUCUAGCGGCCUUUCUCACCGUGGAGAGAAUGCAGGCUCAAGUGCAAUCACUGGAGCAACUGGCGAGACAGUCGAGAAUUAAUUACACUGUGGUCGCUAAUUCCACUACUCAUCAGUAUUUUCAGAACAUGAAAAACGCGGAGGAUAAACUUUAUAAUGUAUGGAAAGAAAUUACUUUAAAUAGUACUAGUGAUCAGGUAGAGUAUCGAGUCUGGGAUUAUCCCAUAAAGGAGCAAUAUGGUCAUAUUCUGCAAUCAAUUAAUACAGUUGGACCAGUGAAAGACUCGAAGGAGGGCUUUCGAAAGGUGAUUGAGAGUGAAAAAGCAGAAUUCGCAUUCAUCCACGACUCGUCAGAGAUCAAAUACGAGGUGACGAGGAGUUGCAAUUUAACCGAAAUCGGGGAAGUAUUUUCCGAGCAGCCUUACGCAGUGGCUGUGCAGCAGGGGAGUCAUCUUCAGGAAGAGAUAAGCCGAAAAAUUCUAGAUCUACAGAAAGACAGAUACUUUGAGACUCUUUCGGCGACGUAUUGGAAUGCUUCAUUGAAGGGAACAUGUUCCGUUGCCGAUGAGAAUGAAGGAAUAACACUGGAGUCAUUAGGUGGUGUUUUUAUCGCAACUCUGUUUGGCCUUGCUCUCGCCAUGAUAACACUGGCAGGUGAAGUGAUAUAUUAUCGCAAGAGAAAUGCAGCCGAGGGUAUCAAAUCAAAGGAAGCGAAUGGUGAGCACGUGCGAAGCGGUGAGGAUAAACUCACAAAGGGAAGACUCGGUUUCAAGCCAGCACCCACAAUUGCAUUCAUUGGAAAGCCUCACACCGGGCCAAGAGCACGAAUUUCACACAUCUCUGUUUACCCAAAAAAUUUUCCAUUCAAGGAGUGAAUGAGUGGAGAAUAAAAUCAUCAACAAACACAUGAAAAAUUAUCUGUUAAAGUAGCUUUAUCGGCUCAGAAAUUUCAGGAUUACUGAAAACUGGAAGAAACUGCCAGGGAACUCGAUUUGUUCCUCAAAUCGAUAAUCGUUUUGGUUUUUCAAAGAAAAUUAAUGAAAAAUUGAAAGACAUUCGGAAUAUUUUGGUUGUAAAUAAAGUUUAAAAUUCAAAUUAUUUUUUAUCGAAAGUAAAAAUUUAAUCUAUUGUUUGGCACCCAAUGAAAAAUAAUAAAAUUUAUUUAUUUUCUGAAUUUAACAGUCGUUUUAGGUCUUCAAAGGGAAAUUAUUGAGAAACUAAACAAUAUUUGGAAUAUUUUUGUUGUAAACAAAGUCGACAACCUAUUUUUCUUUCUUAAAACGUCAAAAACGAGAAAUUUUUUGCACCUCAUGACAAAAAUUGACCGUUUGUGAAGCAAAUUCCAUUAGUGAUUCAUGGAUGAGAAAAAAUGUUCGAAAAAUACCAAUGUAUUGUAAAAUGUGAUUCGAAUGAUACUCAUUAAGCCUGAUUGUAUCAAAUUUCUCUCAGAAAAAAAUUGAAUUGAAAAAUUCGAAAACGGGAAAUUUCGGUGAUACAGCUACUUCAGUAUAAAAAGUCUAAAAAUGUUUUAUAUAAG